CCUACAUCGUAGCAUCCACUACCAGUAUGUCCUUCAUUUCAUCAAGCAUACAUGAUGUAUAAGUACGUCGAACCAAAAGCGCUGAACAUUAAUAACACUUUCGAUAUGUCACCUCCUAAGUUAGCUGAAAGAAAAUAAAGAGAGAGUGUUAAUAAAAGUCAACGACGCAGAAAAGUCACCAGUGGAGCCAUGGUCUAACAAUCUUCACUUUUUCUUGCCUUGAUGGGUAUUAUAGUUUGAAAGCAGGCAGAGAAUAAAUGCUGCACAAUUGGGGUCAAUCAUGUAUUACAUAAUUAUGCUAGUGCUGACGCAUCCCCCCCCAGCCGUUCAUGGAAACAAUAAUGUUCCACGCCCAAGAAUUCGUCUCCAUCAUGAAGUAUAAUGGGGAAGCAAAUAGCCCGACAUGCAUGCUAAAGCAAGGGCUAUACUGCCAGCACCUGCAGAGGCUAGUCCCCGUGGUAAAGCAUCCCCGUCCACCACCACCACCACCACCGUGCCAUACACCUGCCGCACCUGCGUCAGACGCAAGGUGAGAUGUGACAGGCUCACGCCUCGUUGCUCCAGCUGCCGCAGAGGCAACCACGAGUGCUCAUACCGAGCACCGUCCCCGCGAUCGCGGAAACGCAGGAUAAGUGAGGAGCCCUCGGAGCAGCUCGCGCGAUACGAGCGCAUUCUGCGGCAGCACGGCUUGCUGGACGGUGACACGCGGCCGACGGCGAGAGACACCUCGCCUGAACCGAUUUCGUUUCAGUAUAACGGACCCGGAGCUUCGAAGGCUGGUAGGGUGCUUGCGGCAGAAGGCACGUCGAGAUAUGUCAGCGGACAUCCGUGGAAUAAUCUCGGGGAAGAGGAGGUGCGACGCGUCUUCGAGGAAGAGCAGGAGCAGCAGGCGCGGGAGUUGACCACUACACCCGAGUGCUUGAUGUCUGAUCCGUUGACCGAUGCGCUCGUGGGCUCUCGACGCUCGCUUCUGCAGUAUCACCCAACUGACGCAGAGGCCACGCUGCUGUGGCAAACGCAUGUCGAGAGCGUGGAACCGCUCUGCAAGAUCCUGCACAUCCCCUCCACGUCUGCGACGAUCGAAAGGGUCUCGCAUCAUCCGGAGCUAGCAUCCGAUGCAGAUGAGUGUCUUGUGUUUGCCAUUUAUCAAUUCGCAGUCUACGCGAUGACGGACGCGGACUGCAUGCUAAAACUGGGCCGUCCACGCAGUACCUUAAGCCGACAAUACCAUUCCGCCGCGCAACAAGCGCUGGUCAAUGCCGCGUUUCUAAAAACGAGUGACAUCCAGGUCCUACAGGCCCUAGUCCUAUUCCUUCUCUCCAGUCGCCAGUAUUACGACUCGCAGACGUACUGGAUCCUGACGGGCGUUGCCGUCCGGAUCGGGCAGCGGAUCGGUCUCUACCAAGACGGCGAGAAGCUGGGAAUGUGCCCGUUCGAUGUCCAGAUGCGGCGACGUCUAUUUUACCAGCUCAUACCCCUCGACGGCCGAGCGAGUCAAAUGGCGGGCACCGUCGUGUCCAUCCCGCCAGACGCGUGGGACACCCAGCUCCCGCUCAACGUCGACGACCAGCAGAUCUGGCCCGGCAUGACGGCAGCCCCGCGGGAGCAGCAGGGCGCGACGCAGAUGAUGUUCUGCCUGUCGCGCGCCUGCAUCGGGCGGUUCUUCGCGAGCAUGAGCCCGCAUCUGCGCAGCAAUGGGCCGUGGAAGUUCGGCAGCCUGCCCGAGGCCGAGUCGGUCAUCGGUGCCGCUGAGCGGGAGGUCGAGGACAAGUAUAUCCGCUACUGCGAUGUCGUCGACCCGCUGCAUUUUCUGACGGUCGGGCUGGCGCGCGCGGGCAUCACCGCCAUGCGGCUCCGUGUCCGGCUCACGAAGGUCCGGAAUCUGACUGCCACGGACGCGGAGAUGAGGGAGGUCUUGCACCUCGCCCAGAAGAUCCUGGAUACCGAUGCGGCGGUGUCGGCCCACGCGGGCUUGGAGAGAUACCGGUGGCAUGUCCGGCCGUUCUUUCUGUGGGGCACCUUCGAUUCGUUCAUCUUCGUCUUGACGACCCUGUGGACGCGGGCUAGUGUUCUCUCUCCGGUGGAGACUGAGGAGGCGUGGAAGAAGGUUGAGCAGCUUUAUGGUCAACAUGAUGAGCUUUGGGACACGAAGCCGUUGUAUGUGGCACUGCGGAGGCUCACGCUCAAAGCUUGGGAUGCUCAUGCGCGAAGCGACACGGGUGCAGAGCCGGGAUUCAUUGCGACCUCACGCUCAUUGCAGGCGACGAAAUGCAAGGUUACGGAAGGGCCUUCAGCAGAGUUACCAAAUGCAACAGAUGAGAGGGGCGAUACAAUGUUCUCGACAGCGCCGUCUGCAAGUGACACUGACGCGGUUCUUAGUUCGGUGGCUGAGGGUAUAGAUGAAGAGAUGGGCGACGGUAUCAACUUCGAUGCCGUGGACUGGGCUUACUGGGAUCAGUUGAUCCAGUACCAUCAAGGACAUGAGGAGGAGUAGGAUGGUGGAUCCAUGAGGGCGUUGCUACCAGGAGAAGUUGUAUCACCGGAGAUGAUAUCAGACACGGGAGUCGGAGCCUUCCUCCAUCCCGGUUCCGCAGUGAGGCUGGAAACGGACCUUUCAAACUGUCCCCAUCCCGGUCCAAUUUGAUCUUCUAUUGGUCAGACCCUCGGAUCGUCUGCGGCCGAGCAUCCAGCCAAUCAGGAAAUCCCUCUAUCAGCGGCCACAUAGUAUAAAAAACCCCUCCAGGGUCACCACUGUUCAAUCCCAACAAAGGACAUUCACAUCCGAUCGAAUCCAAGGAUUAUGCCG